AUGCUGAGUCAUCUAGUGCGAGCCGCGCUGCUUCUCGCGGCGGUGCACUCGCUUCCGGCGCACGAGCGCUACGACGCGGUGAGCGCCAAGUACCGGCCGAUGGUGGACAAGCUCCUCUCGUCGCCGGCGCCCUCCUUCCUGAAGCAGUUCAUGAGCACCGUCGGCGGCUUCAGCGCGGACCUGGCGUGGAUCCCAAAGAUGUCCGCCAUCAGCGGCAUGACGGCGGGCGGCGGCGGCAAGGGCAAUGGCAUCGUCCCCACCGCCGACAUGCCAAAGCACCUCGCGGGGCCUGGGACGCCGGACCCGGCGAUGUGCCGCAACUCCACCAUCUGCAUGCAGAUCAUCGACCACGUGCGCAACGUCAACGAGCCGCUGCAGCGCGGCCAGACGCCCUCGCCGCUGUACCACGUGGUCACAAAGAACAAGGAGGCCACGGCGGCGGCCGCGCCGGCAGGGCGGCGGCAGCGCCUGUGAAACCUGAGACUGUGCAAGAGGCGGGGGGGGGG